AGAUUAAAGAUUUAAUUUUAUUGCACCACUUGCGGGCAGGCAAUGCACAGUUGAGAUGCACAGUAAAUAACACGUUGCUCACAAAAUUGUGCUUCUCAUUUCGGUCAGAAAAUGUUUACAAAAUUCAAAUGUUAUUGAUAAUUACAAAUAAUUUGCUUCAGCCCUUUGAGCAACUAAGCUUAGCUAUUUAACUUUAAUUGCUCGAUUUCAACCGUAGCCCCCGUUCGGAGAGCCAAAAUCGAAACAUGUUGCAAUCAGCUUGCCAUCGACGAGCACGCUGUCUGUUGGUUCGCUCGCUCGCCCUACAAAUCUAGGAUAUUCGGGUACGUGUUCUCGCUCUGUAUCCUUUGGCGAUUGUCACCCAAUGUACACAGAUACAAUCUCGCCCUCAGUGUCUCGCUCUCUUCGAAUCUCACCAAAAAUAAUUUCCCGCUCCCGGAUGGUGGAAAACUUCGCUCAAAUAUAGGCAAAAAUCCCAUUUAUUUUCACGUAUACACACACGCACACAGCGACAGUCCAUGCCCUUGUCCAUUGCCGUCCGUGCCAGGAGAGAUGUGAAAAUUUCCAUUUUCAUUUUUGCACUCCAACAAGUAAGUUCAGCGGAUCAUCGUAGUAGGCUGGAUGUUGUUUUCCUCUGGCUGGCAAUAAUGUUUCGCACCACCACGACCGAAUAGAAAAGUGGCUGGCCAUGCUGGGGAGGAUGUAUCGUUCCGUAGGCCAUCGUUUGCGCGGAACUGACCCGCACGAUAUUCGUUUGUGCUGAGACGGAGGCGUGCCACCAAAAGUGCUAACUGUGUCAACCGCGGUGCAAUACGCAGGAAAAACGCCAACAAGAAAACUGUGCAACAACUAGCAGCAAGAUCCCUGGACCAAGGCCCAUCCUGGACCAAGGCUGUUUGGUGCAAAAAUUGGGGGUGGAGUCGGGAGCCAUUCAAGUGCCAUAUACAAUCGAUCGUCAGGUGCGUGAGGUGACUGAGAAAGGGAAAGGGUGUCCAAAAAUAUCUUGCACAACCCCAUCAACGCCAAGUGGUGAACCGAUAACAACAACAGACAGAAUACUGCACCAAUUUCGUCUGCUGCCGUAGCAAGGAGGAUGGUUACGAAGAAAAGCGUUGACAUAGAGAAGGAAAAACUUGCCAAAAACAUGCACUCCGGCUCCAACAGUGGUGCCACGGGUCUUCCGACAAAAUCGUCCAGUGCGGGUGUAGGAGGAGGAGGAGGAGCAACCAGCGGUGGGUCGUGCAACGCGGUCGUAAGCUUUAGCCCCAGCACAAUGGCCAACAGCAGCCAUAUGGUGCAGCAGAUCCUGCCCCACGGUCAGGAUGCGCCCAACAUUCUGGUGUACAAGAAAAUGGAAGCCAUCGUCGAACGGAUGCAAACCGAGGGUACCGGCGUGUCGGUCCGCACGGUCAAAGCCUUCAUGAGCAAAGUGCCGUCGGUGUUUACCGGGGCGGAUCUCAUUCAAUGGAUCAUGACCAACCUUACGGUCGACGACAUUAGUGAGGCGCUUCAUCUGGCGCAUCUGCUGGCGUCCCACGGCUAUCUCUUCCCGAUCGAUGACCACCAGCUCACGGUGCGGAACGAUGGUACGUUCUAUCGCUUCCAGACGCCCUACUUCUGGCCGUCCAACUUCUGGGAGCCGGAAAACACCGACUACGCCAUCUAUCUGUGCAAGCGCACGAUGCAGAACAAGACGCGGCUGGAGCUGGCCGACUACGAGGCCGAAAAUCUGGCCAAGCUGCAGAAAAUGUUCUCCCGCAAAUGGGAGUUUAUCUUCAUGCAGGCGGAAGCGCAAAGCAAGGUCGAUAAGAAGCGCGACAAGCUCGAGCGCAAAGUGUUGGACUCGCAGGAACGAGCGUUCUGGGACGUGCACCGUCCAAUGCCGGGAUGCGUCAACACGACCGAGAUGGACAUUAAGAAAGCGUACCGAAAGGGGGCAUCGUCGCUGGGGUCCGGUUCGGCCGGAACGGCCGCACACAGCAAUCCGGUGGAAACGAUGGCAAAAACGAUUUCACUGCUCAAGCAAAAGCUCGAUCGACGCACGAUUAAAGUCUCGAAGGUGGCUGAAUCAUACAUUUCGUACUAUGAGCAGUAUAGCGAGUUUGACUAUUUCCUAUCAGCGCCGGAUCAUCCCAAUCCAUGGCACACGGAUAAUACUGAAUUUUGGGAUGCGGAGAAACUCGGGAAGGACAUUCCAAUGAAGCGUGUCAAACGGUGGGGCUUCAGCUUGCGAGAGUUACUGAACGAUCCGAUCGGGCGCGAGCAGUUUACCAAGUUUCUUGAUAAAGAAUUUAGUGGUGAAAACUUAAAGUUCUGGGAAGCGAUUCAGGACAUGAAGGCUUUACCGCAGUCCCAGAUAAAGGAUGCGGCGAAAGCGAUCUGGAACGAGUAUCUCGCACCUGACGCGGCCUGCCCGGUCAAUAUUGACUCGAAGUCGCUAGAGCUGGCACGGGAGGUGGUAAAGGAGGGGGCCGCGCAGCCGAGCCGCUGGUGUUUCGACGUUGCAGCCGAUCACGUGUUUUAUCUGAUGAAGAGUGACUCCUACUCGCGCUUCCUUCGUUCCGAUAUGUACAAAGACUGUCUGAACGGCUCAAAGAAGAAGACAUCCGUCAAAGGACUUCGAAUAUUUUCUGGAAGAAAAGAUACGCCUGUGAUAAAUUAACUUUUGCCUGUUAUUUCCCCACUACUUCGCAGUGCUGCGCAUUUAAAUGCGUUUGCGUUUACCCUGUUUUUGCUUGAAAUCGAUAUUCGAUAUGCGUUGCAAUGCCUCGAUACCUAGAUUUGCAGACUAUAUUAGAAAAAGAAAAGAAAAAAAAAACAUUGUCCCCGCAUAAAAUGCAAUACUUGUGGUUUUAAGUAGAUAAACUAUAUUUUUGCUAAGAGAUUGAAAUUGGUGCAUACAAACAAGUUUAUUGUUUAACAUAAAUGUAAUAUCCAAUAGUCAGAUUGAAUAGGCCAAUCUAUAGAUGGAUGCUACUCCAUUCGGUUUGCUACUUUCGAACCUAUCGUUUACUACUUAAACAACUAUGUGCACUAACCGAACAACAUAUACUACAGCCCCUUGUGUUUACUGCUAAACGUGCGCCGGCUAAUUGUUUUGUAUCGUAGGAAAAACAAAUCCAAAACCAAUGUCUAUCGGGUAUUCUACAGAAUGUGAUGUGUAAAUAGCGUUUAGUCGUAAAAAAUAACGGACAAAAUAGGCAACAAAAUAGUAAGAUGAACCAAAAAAAAAAAACAUCAAACCGUGUCUAUCAGCUGUGUAAUGUUACUACUAAGACAAUCUAAUUUCACUAGACAACAGGAAGCGGCCAUCAAAUUGCGAGGAUACCUGCUGCUGCACACUGUGUGUACUGGCAAAACGAGCUACCUUACGGCUACUACUACUACUACUACUACUACUACUAAAACUGCUACUAAUAAUGCUAUACUUACACACCUAAUUGUACUAACGGCUACCGCUCUACUCUACUCCUAACGUGUUGUUAUUGAGAUAUCAACGUUUUAAAAACGACAUUACCCACCACCGUUCGUAAACAAGAAAGACAAACCAAAACUAGUGAGAAAUGUUUUAAAACAUACGGAUAAACAGAGACUAGACUAGAGAUGAUUAUGAUUAUUAGCGUACGUGAAAGCGGCAUUUUAAAGAAGAAAGACUCAACAAAAAAAUAUAUAUAAAUAGAAAACAACUUCGGUAGCAAGAACAUGUGCUUAGUUUAGGGAAAAUGUUUAAAUUGUAAACCGGCACCAGGGACUCGUUGCAACAA